CCAGAUCAGAGACUAACCUGCACAUUCUGCACGCCACUGAUAACCUGUCAGAUAGGCUCGGACUGAAUUACAACUGUACUGAAAAAAACUGGUAUUAAUGGACAACACAAAUGCUAAAAAUAUUGGCAACGACCAAGUUGCCCCUCCUCUGCGGCUGUUAAUUGUUGGGCAGAAGCGGACAGGAAAGAGUUCAGUGGGCAACACAAUCCUGGGUAAGGAUGUGUUUAAUACAUGGGGUGGAACAAACAGUGCAGUAGCACAUGGAGAAUCAGAGGAUCGACAGCUGAUGCUCGUGGAUGCCUGUGGAUGGGGUACGGAUGAGAACCUGGUCCCUAAACAGGAGAAACUGGAGCUAUUAAAUGCUCUGUCACUGUGUGAACCCGGACCCCAUGUUAUCCUCCUGGUCAUUCCCUUACUGUACUUUAGCCACUCUGAGAAAGCAGCCCUACAGAAGCGCAUGGAGAUCCUCACAGAGGGCGUGUGGCGCCACACCAUGGUUGUGUUCACCCUCGGGGACCGUCUGCGCGACUGCAGCAUACAGGACCAUAUCCAGACCGCUGGGAGAGAUCUCCAGUGGCUAAUGGAGAAGUGCAGAUACAGGUACCAUGUUCUUAACAACAAGAUACCUCAGGACAGACAGCAGGUCUCAGGUUUACUAGACCGUGCAGAAGACAUGCUGAUGGAGAACGGGGGAUGGCACUUCUCGCUACACAUGUACAGUAGGCUGGAAGAGGAAUGGAGCCGAAGAGAGAGGGAGAUGCAAGAGAGGAUAGUAAAGAGACAAGCUGAAGGGGGAAACCAAUCGAGGACUGGCUGUCUGCAUGUGAACGAUACUGUAGUGAAAUUAGUUUGCCACAGCUAACCGCUGCCAAAGAAAGCUGCAUGGUUUUGCUCCCCCAUGAAUUCAAAGUGAACCUCUGAACUGUAAAUGUUUAAUUAACAAAUAUUUUUGGUUAAAAUUUAUGUCCGUCUUACUUCCUGCAGCUGCUCACCAUUUAUUUUUCAUUUCACUUUCAAAUGUGACCAUUUCACAGCACCUUUUUUUUCAAUUUUUUUCAAGCUCAUUUUAAGAGUCCUGGUGUAACAAAUUAUUUAAAGUGCAAAUAUUUAAUUUAGUAUGUUUACAGUGAAUGUUUAUAAAAAUAAUCAAAUCUAUUAUUAUUAUUAUUAUUAUUAUUAUCAAAAUUACUUUGGCAACACUUUACAUUAAGGACCUUUAGUUGGGUCCAUUGAUAUUUGUUAGAGUAUUUGUUCAACUGUGCUAAUGUCAAUAAAUAAAAAAAGAAAAAGAAAAUACAGUUGUUCAUUGUUAGUUUAUAUGUAAAACUGGACCGCAAAGCCAGUCAUAAGGGUCAGUUUUUUUGAAAUUGAGAGUUGAGACUUGAGAACAAUAUUUGGCAGAGAUACAACAAUUUAAAAAUCUGAAAUAUGGGGGUGCAAAAUAAUCAAAACAUUGAGAAAAUGACCUUUAAAAUUGUCCAAAUGUUCUUAGCAAUGCAUACUAAUAAAAAGUAAGUUUUGAUAUAUUUACGGUAGGAAAUUUACAAAAUAUCUUCAUAGAACAUGAUCUUUACUUAAUAUCCUAAAGAUUUUUGGCAUAAAAGAAUAAUAAUAAUUUUGACUCAUAAUGAUAAUUUUGACCCAUACAAUGUAUUGUUGGCUAUUGCUACAAAUAUCUUAGCUUAAAUCUAUUAAACAUAAUAUUACCAGAAACAACUUUUGAUUUCAAUAAUGCAUUAGUAAAUAUUCAAAUUAACAUUAACUAAGAUCAUUACAUGCUUUUUUUCAUUGUUAGUUUAUGUGGUCAUACUUCAUAUUAGGUGGACUUAACUACUAUGUACACUUAACUACUAUGUUACAUUUAAAUUAAUAAUUUGAUCCAACGCACUUAUUGUGCACAUACAUGUUUUUGCAUUGAAUUAAAAAAUACCUGCAUGCAAUUACACCUGUAAUUAAUUUCUGCAAUUACAUUUAGUUACACUGUUGACCCAUCCCUUACACCUUAACCCACUUUUAAACCUACCCAUACCACCAAACCUGUCCCUAACCUUACCUGUAUGCAACCUCAAUAGCAGCAAGUUUUGCAAUAUGAUAUGAACACAUUAAGUACAAUGUACUUAUUUUAUGAUGUAAGUGCAAUGUAAUUAAGGCCAACUAAUAUACAGUGGGACCGUUCAUGUUAACUAAUGUACUCCUCCUGUAAAAUGUUAGUUAUUACAUUUAAAAAAAAUCCACAUUUUCACUCAAACAUUGUUAUUUAAAACUUAAUGUGAACCUGUAUUUAUCAUUGUGGUUGAAUAAAAAAUAUUACUGUAAAUAUUUUGCACUUUUGUGUAAGAUUUAGGUUAAGAGUUAUGCAAUAUCAUUAUGGACACUCACUGAGGAGGGCAAAUUCGAAUAUGUUACUUUACAACAUCUUACAUAACAAUGUAUAUUACAGUGCACUGAAAUGUAGGGCAAUCACUCAAUACAAAGGGCUCUUUUCUUUCAAUGAUUUUUUAAAUGACAAUCUAAAAUAAAAUGUGA